AUGCAGCCAUGCAGCCGUCUGGGCCCCUGGCUCCCCGUUCCUUCUGGCAUUUUCUGUCUCUGUUUCACAUUGUUGUUGGGCCUGGUGGACUUGCUGCAGGGGCACCCCCAGUGCCUGGAUUACAGGCCCCCCUUCAAGCCCCACAUGCAUCUUGAGUUUUGUUCGGACUACGAGGCUUUCGGCUGCUGCGACCAGAGCAAAGAUGACCACAUCGCUGCCCGGUACUGGGACAUCAUGGACUACUUUGACCCGAAGGGCUACCAGCUGUGCAGCAGUUACAUUAAAGACAUCCUAUGCCAGGAGUGCUCGCCCUAUGCAGCUCACCUCUAUGAUGCCGAGAACCCCCAGACACCGCUCCGGAGCCUUCCUGGCCUCUGCUCCGACUACUGCUCGGCCUUCCACUCUAACUGCCACUCUGCCAUCUCCCUGCUGACCGGUGAGCGUCGCCUCCAGGCGUCCCCGGGAAAGGAUGGAGCCCACUUCUGUCACCUCCUCAAGCUUCCUGACAAGGACUACUGCUUCCCUAACGUCCUGAGGAACGACCAUCUCAAUCGCAACCUGGGCAUGGUGGCCGAAGACCCACAGGGUUGCCUGCAGCUCUGCCUGACGGAGGUGGCCAAUGGGCUGAGGAACCCCGUCUCCAUGGUGCACGCCGGGGACGGCACCCAUCGCGUCUUUGUGGCAGAGCAGGUAGGAGUGGUAUGGGUCUACCUGCCUGAUGGGAGCCGCCUGGGACAGCCCUUCUUGGACCUCAAGAGCCUCGUGUUGACCACUCCAUGGAUUGGAGAUGAGAGAGGCUUCUUGGGGUUGGCUUUUCACCCUAACUUUCGCAACAACCGCAAGUUCUACAUUUAUUAUUCCUGCUUGGGCGAGAAGAAGUUGGAAAAAAUCCGGAUCAGUGAGUUGAAGGUUUCUCGGGCCGAUCCCAACAAAGCUAACCCCAAAUCAGAAAGGAUCAUCUUGGAAAUAGAUGAGCCAGCUUCAAAUCAUAACGGUGGACAGCUCCUUUUUGGCCUGGAUGGCUAUCUGUACAUAUUCACUGGGGAUGGGGGACAGGCUGGAGACCCCUUUGGCCAGUUUGGAAACGCUCAGAACAAAAGCUCCCUCCUGGGAAAGGUGUUACGGAUCGAUGUAAACGGGGCUGGCGCAGAGGGCAAGCGAUACCGAGUUCCUCCGGACAACCCCUUUGUAUCCGAGUCAGGGGCACACCCCGCCGUCUAUGCCUUUGGGGUCAGGAACAUGUGGCGCUGUGCCGUGGACCGCGGGGACCCCAUCACUCGGCGGGGCCGCGGCCGGCUCUUCUGUGGGGAUGUCGGUCAGAACAGGUUUGAAGAAAUCGACCUCAUUGUUAAAGGCGGAAACUACGGCUGGAGAGCCAAGGAAGGGUUUGAAUGUUACGACAAAAAGCUGUGCCACAAUGCCUCGUUGGAUGACAUCCUGCCGAUCUACGCAUAUGACCAUAUGGUGGGGAAGUCGGUCACUGGAGGAUAUGUCUAUCGUGGGUGUGAAUCCCCAAACCUCAGUGGCCUCUACAUAUUCGGAGACUUCAUGAGUGGGCGGCUGAUGGCUUUGCAGGAAGACAGGCAAACCAAGAAGUGGAAGAAACAGGACAUUUGUGUGGGCAACCCCGAGGCGUGCGCUUUCCCGGGGCUGCUGAGCACCUACAGCAAGUUCAUCAUCUCCUUUGCCGAAGAUGAAGCAGGGGAGCUCUACUUCCUGGCCACCUCUUACCCAAGUGCCUACGCACCACAUGGAUCUAUUUACAAAUUUGUCGACCCCUCAAGGCGAGCAGCCCCAGGCAAGUGUAAGUACAAGCCGGUGCCGGUGAAAACCAAGAGUAAGCGGAUCCGCUUCAGGCCACUUGCCAAGACGGCCUUGGACUUGCUAAAGGAGCAAGCAGAGAAAGCGGCUAGAAAAGUAUCCAACACAACGUCAGCUUGCGGCCCUGACCGCGCCUUGUCUCGGAAAGGCUCCUCCAAGAAUCCAGCUUCUCCCUCAAGCGGCAAGAAGACGCUGCGCGGGCCUGGCACCAAGAAGAAAGGCAGCGCCUGGUGCCCUGGCCCCCAGAAGGAGAGGAAGAAGAGUCGGAAACGCCACAGUGGCAGGAUGGCGGCAGCAGCAAAAAGACGACCUGGCAGGAGAACCCCUUUGUCUGUUCUGCAAGGGGUCGGGGUCCAGGAGAACUAG